AUGCCAUCUGACAAGACGAGAUGCCUGUCUUGUCAAGCACGGCAUGCCAAAUGCACUGUCAGACAAGGUCAAGAUGCUUGUGUCCGAUGUCAAAAAGCGGGCAUAACGCAAUGCGCGUUUGAGCCGGCAUGGCGGUUCAAGAUUUGCCGGACCUCCAUCAUAGCUACGCAACGCACAGAUCUGGUAUACGACUCCAAGCAACCAUGGGUACCCACCAAUCUGGAGCUGACCUUCGUUCCUGAGAAUGGAGAUGGUUUGGAGAAUAUCUCACAACCGACGAGCGUCAGACCGAAUGACCGAGUACAUGAGGUACGCUCCGAUCGGGGCCCGUCUACUUCUGAGAAUGCGGAAGGGCGAACGAACACGACAACGAAUUCUGCCUGGGCCGAGCCUCUUCAUAACGCCAAAGGGCUUCUCAAUCGGCAGCAUGGUCAGUCGUCGUCGUCUGAUGUAUCCGAUCAAAGCAGUAUGGCAAGACGAGAAUCACCGCCUACCAGUACCAGCCCUGAGCUAGCAGCUGCAGAAUAUAUUGAUGCUGGUGCUUCUCAUUCCACAACUCCACCAGAUUCUCUCAGAAAAUCUCUUACUCAACCUCUCACGUAUCGCGAACUAGGUCUCGUACAAUAUUUUAUUGUCAAGAUAUCUCCAUGGCUCGAUGUAUGUGAGGACAUACCAACAUUUGCUCUGGAAGUACCCUUGAAAGCAACCAAGUCUGCGAUGUUGCUUUAUUCAAUACUGGCGGCGUCAUCCCGACAUCAAGCUCUGAAAGAUGAUGCAUGGCCAGAAGCCUCGGGAUAUCACAGCAAGUGUUUGGAGCUGGUCAUACAAUCACUCUCACGGCCAGAGAGUCAUCACGACGAUACACUACUGGUGACCAUCAUCAUGCUGCGGUAUUAUGAGUUGUUCAGCCAAGAAACUUAUAGCUCUCUCCACCUGGAUGGAUUGGCUGGUUUAUUGGGUGUCAUACCAGACUUCCUCCAAGCUGGAGGCCUAGCAGAGGCAGCCUCCUGGUUGGCGCUUCGACAGGACCUGUUUAUUGCGAUGACCAGUAAACAAGCACCCAAGUCACGACUAGAGGACUAUGAUCGGGCCAGUGUGUUCAAACGACGCACCGAUCCUGGUGCAGCCACAUAUGCUAUUGUUCUGAUAUGGGCGAAGCUUUUACGACACAUGUACACAUCUGAUCCGAGUAGUCUUUUCACCACCUGGGACAGUCUCGAAGAAGCCGCCAGGAAGUGGUACGACACUAAAGGAUUUGAGCCUGCCUUUCUACAGGAUGCAAAUUUGGCAUCUGACCAACCAUUUCCAGUCAUUAGCAUGAUUAGUGCAUCAUCAGUUCUUGCGCUCGAAUAUUACUAUACCUUUCGAGUAUAUUUGAACUUACACAAACCGCUUGAUCCCCCACAACCAAUAACCAAGGCGGAGAAACGCGCUCGAUAUCAGACGGUGGUUGGUCCCAUAUGCUGUAUCCUCGGCCUCGCACGAUCAAAUGCCUGGGUGGAAGACGCAAAUUUCCCUGCUUGCCACAUCUUAAUCACAUAUGGAUACUGUAUCAUGGACCCGCUACAGCGUGACCAUGCUCUUCGUUUCUUGGAGUACAUCAAACAAAGUUUUGGAUACCAUACCGAGCGUACAGCAGAGACACUUAAUCGCCAAUGGGCUGAAUUCGACGAGAUGGGACCCCAUCAUUGA